AUGAACACGGUCAUUUUAUUGUUUAUGCCACUGUACGAGCAAUGAGAUACCGACAAAAUGCAACAUGUCAGCCAUCGGAUUAUAUACGAACAUUAGUGGGAAUCAAAGAAACUCAGAAACCCCAGCAAGAAUGCAGAAAUCUUGAAGUUGCUACUGCUCAGAAGCAGCAAAGCUAUAAUAUAUCAAGCUUAAACCUUAUUCCGAUCACUCGGGUGAGCAUGAUGAUGUCUCUUGGUCAGCUAGCUAAAGGGGCCAGCCUGGAUGACUUACUGGACACCUGCAUUCAGUCCUUUGAUGCAGAUGGGAACCUAUGUCGAAGCAGCCACCUCUUGCAGGUAACUCUGUCAAUGCACCGCUUCAAUGUAUCAUCAACGGAGCUGCUGCAGAAGCUCAUCGUACUAUAUCAGAAUGCUUUAGAGCAAAACUGUGCUGCAGCCUGCCUGAAGAUCUGUUAUUUCAUAAGGUAUUGGAUUACAGAGUUCUGGAUUAUGUUUAAAAUAGACAAUAGUCUUUCAGAAACAAUGGAACAUUUUCAAGAGCUGGUGAGAAACAAGGGUGAAGAGUCACAUUCCCAAUGUAUCGAUACUUCACAAAUAAGUGCACAUGAAUGGUCACGGAAAAUCACUCAACGGAUAAAGACAAACUGUAGCAAAAAACGAAAAGUUUCCCUUCUCUUUGAUCAUUUGGAGCCACAAGAGCUGGCCGAACACUUAACUUACCUCGAGUUCAAGUCCUUCCGCAGGAUAUCAUUUUCAGAUUAUCAGAAUUAUAUAUUGACUGGUUGUGUAAAGGAUAAUCCCACGAUGGAACGCUCUGUUGCUUUGUGUAAUGGCAUCUCACAGUGGGUUCAGCUUAUGGUUCUCAGUAGACCUACACCACAACUACGAGCUGAAGUCUUCAUCAAGUUUCUUCGUGUUGCUCAGAAACUCCAGCAGCUACAGAACUUUAAUACACUAAUGGCUGUGGUUGGAGGUUUGUGUCACAGCUCAAUCUCCAGACUAAAAGAAACAAGCGCUUGUGUCCCUCAUGAAGUGAAUAAGGGAAUGAACGAAAUGACUGAGCUGCUUUCGUCCAGUGGAAACUACAACAGCUAUCGACGUGUGUAUGGUGAUUGCACAGACUUCAAGAUUCCUAUUCUGGGCGUCCACCUGAAAGAUCUUAUCUCACUACAUGAAGCCUUGCCAGACUAUGUUGAGGAUAGCAAGAUUAACGUACAUAAACUGCAAAUUCUGUUCAACCACAUCAACGAGCUUGUCCAACUUCAGAACACUGUGCCACCUCUGGAAGCAAAUAAGGAUCUGGUGCAUUUGCUCACACUCUCACUGGACCUCUACUACACAGAAGAUGAAAUUUAUGAGCUUUCAUAUGCACGUGAGCCACGAAACAAUAAAGCCCCACCAUCAACUCCUUGUAAGCCACCCAUGGUAACAGACUGGGCCCCCGGAAUAGCCCCAAAGCCUGAUCCGAAGACCAUCAGUAAACAUGUUCAGCGGCUGGUUGAUUCUGUUUUUAAAAAUUAUGAUCACGAUCAGGAUGGCUACAUUUCACAGGAAGAAUUUGAAAAGAUUGCUGCUAGUUUUCCUUUUUCCUUUUGUGUGAUGGACAAAGAUUGCGAAGGUCUAAUAAGCAGGGCCGAAAUUACAGCCUAUUUCAUGAGGUCCAGCUCCAUCUCCUCAAAGUCAGUUCAAGGAUUUUUCCAUAAUUUCCAAGAGACAACAUAUCUGAAACCUACCUUCUGUGACAACUGUGCUGGAUUUAUAUGGGGCGUUAUAAAGCAAGGAUACAGAUGCAGAGACUGUGGCAUGAACUGUCACAAACAAUGUCGAGAUCUCGUGGUCUUGGAAUGCAAAAAAAGAUCCAAGAUCUCAGACUCCAGUCCAACAUCAAGCUCCACUCCUACUGCACUCUGUCCUGCUGGAACAAAGGGCUACAACAUUGGAAAUGAGGAUGGACCAUUCACGCAAUUUAACGAGGAAGCACAGAACCAUUCUGAGCACAAGGACCGCACUAUUGUACUAAUGGGCAGCUCGGCACAGAAAGUUUCCGUAAGACUAAAGCCUAUUGUAAUGCACAAGGCUGUACAAACAGACGCUUCUAGCUCAGACUCAGAAAUCAUUGGAAAUCAAGCUGCUACUCUGGGAAAAAUUAAGGCAGACACCUCUCAGCUGUCCCCAAAUAUACUUCCAUUAUGUCCAAGUCCUACUCCAACUCGUAGAAGACCUUGUGUUAAAUGGGAGAAUAUGGCAUCCUUUCAUAAACCCAAAGGAGAUGACUUUAGUAAAGAACAUCGGAUCUUUCUACUUGAAAAGGAAAGAAACCAACUUCGAGAAGAGAAAGAAAAACUGCACAUUGAAAACACAAAUCUGCAGACAAAACUAUUAGAGGCACAGCAGGAAAUUAAAACUCUCUCAGAACAACUUGAUGCAUUCCAAAAGCAUAUGGUCAUAGAUGAAAGCAGCAUGGCAUAAAAAUAACAAAAUUAUCAUUUUCUGCUCAUACCCAUCAUCUGUACAAAAAUAGGGUAAAUAUAGAAUUUUCAGGAUAUGUUGGUAAUAAAAAUAUUGGACGUUUUCCCUCUAUUUAACUAUUUCCUUGAUUAACAAAAAUAUUUUUUAGAUUGCAAAAUCAAGCAUUAAAACCAACACUAAAUACAAACAACUUUAUGAAAAAUCAAGUGCACAUUCAAACAAGUUGAAUUUGGGAGGGCAUUUGAUGUUCAGCUCUGUAUUUUUGGAAAACACAAAUAACAGUUUUUUAGAAGUACACUGAGGCCAUUUUAAUGACAUUAGUAUAAAAUAAGCAAUAGAAUUGUGAGCAAAAAUUGAUGCAGGAUAGCAAUAAAUGUUGUUCCAAAAAUAUUACAACAAAGCAAUUCCAACUAAUACACAGUACCAUUUUUCAGCAUUUGUUUGACUAUCGGUUUUGAAUGAGAGACAACUGAAGUGCACGUCAAUCUCCAUUUCGUUCAGUUUCAAAUAAAAUUGAAUCAAACAGUUAUGUCCACCACAAUGAGAUAGCCAGUGACCAACACAUCUUUAAGCAACAAGAUUUUUAUACCACUUUCCAUAUAACUGCAAUAGUAACUGUAUUUCAAAGCAAUCUGACCAGACAAAAAAAGGCACUGAGUAGGUUUUUGUUGUCCAGAUAGCUUUGUAAAAAUGAGAACACUCCACAUACAUCUUUAACAGUAUCAAGCCACUAAAAUAAGAAAGUGACAUGAAGCUUUUCUUUAAUAUUUAUAUGUGCCAAAGCCAGUCAUCAUUCUAAAAUAAUCAAAUUGUAUUUCUCCAAGACAACCUACUUGAAAUUUUGAUAAAUCUCACUUCUGUAAUCAAUACUUAAGUCAUGAGAAAUGAAUCAUAGUGAAAAGAGUCACCUAGGAUUGCUCAGGAGUUUCAUACUUCCAGGUUUAAAAAUGUCACAGAUAUUGAGAGGCAGGUCACCUGCUAUUUCAUUGGCAUUUAUGUCUGCUCAAAUUGCAAGUUAUGGAUGCUCAAAUUUCAGAACUGAGUUCAUGACAAGGUUUGAUUGGAUAAGUUUAAUAACUUUGCAAUAUCACAGAGACAAAUAUGUUUUUUUUUUUUUGCAAUAGCUCAAAUACUUAACAUUUUCCUGUAUGUGAACCAGAACGCACAAAGCAUAGUCUAUAAAUAAAUCACACUGCAUUGUGUAUAUUUCCCUGGACCAACCAUUACCGCUCUAGAUUACACAAACUAUCAAAGUUCUUUGGACAGAGACAGGUACGUUGAUGCUUUCAUGUAAAAUGGCUCUUGAAUGUUUAUAUUGUAAAAUGUAAAUAUCAAUCUAAACCAGCCUGUUAUUCGGUCAAAAACCUGAAUCAGCACUGAAGAUUUUACUUACCUUUUUACAAAUAGUCAUAAAACGGUCUAAUUUGUUGACGUGAAACAAACGUCACAACUUUUAAUUUGCCUGCAUCAAAUCAGGUAAAAUAAUACAGGAAAUAACAAGAAAUCCAGCAAAUUUGAGUAUUAAAUAUAACUCGAUACCUAAAUGUUGAAUAUAAAUUACAUAGAAACCAGAAAACAUUUUUCUAUUGAUUUAAUACACCAUCAUCCUUCUGUGUACAUUGCAAACGUCAUCAGAUAUUACUCAUGCUAUGUACUGCACCAGUAAAUUAGAUCAGCAUUUGGGCAAGUACACCUCUCUCAUAUACUCAUACUUACAGAGUGCGCUUAAGAUUGUCAAAUCACCAAACUGUUAGUUGUAAUUUGACCGUUAUAUACAAUGAGAAGCAGUAUGAAAUAUUUGGCAGCAAAUGAGCUUUAAAGCUUGGGUAAGUACUUUAUUUUAUAAAGUAAAAAAUAAAUUGUGCUUUUAAGUUGUAUGUAUGUAUAAUUGUACAAUAAUUUGUUUUUGUAUACCCAACUUGUUUUUUGAUGAGUAUGUAAUCUGUAGCAUGAUGUAAUAAGUAAUAUGGAUUUAUUUGUUUAAAGUAUCAAUUAUUAAAUGUCAUCUUCA